AUGAACCUAAUCCAAUCAUCCGACAGCGCUAAAUGCAAGACAUGGCUCGAAUCAAAACCCCCAUCAUCCGUCAUCUACAUCUCUUUCGGCAGCUUCGACACCGACACCCUCUCACCCCACCAAGUCUCCGCCCUCACCUCUGCCCUCCUCUCCACCAAGAAACCAUUCUUAUGGAUUAUCCGCUCGUCGGAGCAACACAAACUACCAGAAGAUUUCGUUUGUGACAAUAAACAAGGACUAAUACUUUCGUGGAGCCAGCAACUUGCGGUGCUGGCUCACGAAAGUAUAAGGUGCUUCGUGACACAUUGUGGAUGGAAUUCAACGCUGGAGGCAUUAAACAGAGGAGUGCCGAUGGUGGCAAUGCCUCAGUGGACAGAUCAUCCAAGGAAUGCAAAAUAUGUGGAGGAUUUUUGGAGAGUUGGGGUGAGAGCAAGGGCAAGAGAGGGAUUUAUCGACGACUUUGAGAUUGAGAGGUGUGUACAAGAGGUGAUGGAGGUGGAGAGGAGUGGCGAGAUGAGGGAGAAUGCUAGGAGGUGGAAGGCGGCGGUAGAGGCGGCGGUGAGAGAGGGAGUUCAAAUCAGGGGUUGGAAGAGUUUGUCGAGUUUUUGA